CGUACGCAAUGGAAGACUGAACCGGGAAGCGACUGCAGCACGUGGGUGUAUUUGUCAGGAACAGCGAUGGGCAAAAGGGAGAAGAAAGUUGCUGUGGCUUCCGCUGCUCCGCGGAAGGAGCUUCUGCUCCGUGGUAGGUCUGUAUCUAUCCGCCAUAUGAAGAAAAAGGCAAAUUCAAAACCAGAUUGCCUGAAUGAGCAAGAAAUUCCAUAUCGGUUGCGGGAAAUCAUGAGGAGCCGAGAUGAACUAAGAAACCCCACCCGCAAGAAGAAGAAGAAAGCUGCAAAUAAGCAAAGGCCUCAGUCAGAGGGUGAUAUACCAGUACCGAAGUUCAAGAGACGGCGAGGGGAGACAGAAACCUCAUACAAUAGACGUAUGGACCGGGAAAUUGAGCACGUGCGCUUUCUCACUGAAAACCAGACAUCGCGUGAGCCUGAGAAAGAGAUGCAGGUCCAAGAAAAGUCGCAGAGGAAAAAAGAAUUUCAGAAGAAGAGGCUGGAAAAAAUCCGUAAGCAAAAAGUAGAAAAAAAAAUAACAAUGCUGGAGAAGGACCUUCUCAAAGACUCAGUAAAAUUUGGAGAAGUUGCUCUACAGCCCCCCACACUUACAGUGAAACCCAGGAAGAGUGUUAUCAAAGACAAAGCUGAUCAGAGGCAGCAACUUCUGCUAACAUCUCUUUUGGGCUCUGGCAGAGAAGCCACCGUUAAAAAACCAGUCCAUGCCUCUCUCGCUCGCCAAAGGAUCAUUCAAGAGGAGAGAGAACGGGUUGUGCAAGCUUAUCGGGAUAUAAAGAAAAGGAAACAGCAGCAGCAACAGCAGCAGUUGAACAAAAGCUUUCUUGUUGUAGACAAACUGAAGAAACCAGCCUGAGUUGAUAGAACAAUUCUAUCAUUCCGAAAAACACAAUGCCAUUACAAACCAGUUGUAGAACGACAGCCAGGUCUACUGUCUUUCUCCUUUCCACUUUGAAUGAGAGUAACCAGCAACACUGAUAAGCAGAUUAACAGUUGAGCAAUACAAGUUUACACACUUCACCUCUGUGAGCAGACCAAAAAGUGAUUCUUGUAUCCCAGUUUGUUGAAUCUGUAACAUGAAAAAUGCACACCCCACAUUUGUUGCUUCCAAAAGGAUUAGUAAUUUGGAUUGGCUACAAGAAUCAGAGCUAGUUUUCAGGCACCCAUCUCUUUUGAUGAUUCUCAUAAGCCGCCUUCUGAUAGUGAAGAAAACUCUUCUCCAGUUGGUCAUUGUAGUCUUCUUGGGAUUUUUUUUUUUGUCUUUGUGUGUUUUCCCCGUACCCGGAUUACCAAAAAAGUUUGAAGAACCAAAAUAAUCCAGGCUGGGUGCCUCUUUAGAGUUUAGUUGCCAGUUUCUGAAUCAAAGUCAGAGAUGUGCUGAGGACCAUCUGCUCCAAGAAGAUGUUAUCAGAGGCAGAUGAAUUGGAUUAAUAUAUGUUCCUGUACAAGUGUAUCUUCUUUCGAGUUUUGCUGGCUCUCUUGUUGAAAAUGAUUUCCUUGCAGAAGAGAAAUGGGACUGCUACUCCAGGGGCAGCUACUGUAUGGACAUCCGCCAUUGAAUACUAGCAAAAACUUUGAUUGGAUGGAAGUCUUUAAGAUAGCACAAAGCAGGAGAUACACUUCUUUGGCAGAGGUUCAAGGUGAAGAGGAAGCAACAUGCUUAUUUUGCAGAGAGCUUUUUCCAACUUUAUGAAAGUGAUCAAAGGGAAAGAAUUGUGCCAUCUUCCCUAUUUCCCUUCGAAAUCCUGGUGCUGUUGUACAAUAACAAGAACAUGUAUUGGCAAAAACCUAUGAAAGAACUUAAAUAGGGAAAUAAAGCAACAUUGCUAAGCCCAGCAAUAGUCACCAUGUAUUCUUAAUCUUCCAAGCCAAAGUUA